CUAUGACGACCAUGAAGGCCACGGCGACCCUGCCCCCGUCUCCCACCCUAACAGCUACGUCCUUCGAAGUCCUCUCCCCAGUGCCCAACAGGGCGCGUUCAUCGACUGUCAGCUCUAUCAGCUCCUCAGUAUGCCUUCUUUCUCCCCCCGCUAUCGACGAAGACGAGAUUGUAUGGAAUCUCGCGGAGAUAUCCCAACCGGAACACGCUGGCACUAAUUCCGUUCCGGAAUACGAGGACGACGACGAUUUUGUGCUGUUGGCAAAACCCAAACCCACGAUUACACUAGUCGCAACGUCCAGUCCUGGGCAGAGAGGAGGCAAUAAUGGAGAGGGAACCAACAACCCCGGCCUGCUCGAUGCGGAUAGCACCACCUCGAAGGUCGAGCCCCCAACUCCAACUGUCGCAACCCGCCAACUUGUACCCCAGCUCGAGCGAGUCACCAUAGAAGAUAAUCACCAAACGCCGACGACCUCCUCUAAUGACAGUACUACCCAACCGAUGGAUUCCAAAGUACGAGAAUUGGCUUCCGGAGCAGAUCGUGAAGCCAAAGCGGCCAAAACGCGGACUCAGAAGUGUGUGGAAUGCAAGUCGACGGCCCGUCCCGCUACCGCUGCCUCUGGCUCGAAGGUCAACGGCACACCUACUGUCGUCACCAAAUCCGCGAAGAGACGAAAGAAAAAGAAGCAGAAGAAGGCCCAGGUAGCAGCAUCAUCGUCCAACGCGAGCUCAGCCCGCGCUCCUUCUGGCUUGGGUUCCAGGUCGGUUGUCAACGACUUGUCUGAGGCGCAGUCCCCUGUCAAGGAAGCGGGGCCAUCCUUGUACGAAGAAGCUGCUGCGUACAUAUCAUCGUAUCUCUCCAGCUCCGAGGCGAAGCGCAAUGCCGUCUGCAGGCUAACGCUUUUGCAGUCCCUCAUUAUAGAGCUCGGUAUAGAAUCCAUGGCAUCGGCGCUGCCUAGAAGUCUGAAAGCAGCGAAGAGUGUCCUCAAGUCUCGGGCGUUCAUUAACAUCAAGGAAUACCUUGCAGUCCGUUCUCAAGGAGCGGAGGCCGUCAGGCAGUUGAUGUAUCCAAGCCGGAAUGCACUGAUGAAGGACCUCCGGAAGAAGCGCAACUACGCGUCUUAA